AUUUGCUUUUGUUGCUCGACAUGAAAAAUUCCUCUCAGCCUCCAAUGAUUACCGCUCGAAAGAGCAAAGGUCGCCAAAAGAUCCAAAUGAAAAGAAUGGUGAAAGUAAGCAACUUAUUAGUUACCUUCUCCAAACGCCGUUCCGGUCUUUUCAAAAAAGCGAGUGAGCUUUGCAUCUUGUGUGGGGUAGAGAUCGCUGUCGUUGUCUUCUCCCCGGGUAAAAAGGUAUUCUCCUUUGGCCAUCCAUCUGUUGAGACGAUUGUUGAUCGCUUCCUCACACAAAAUCCUCCACCGAAUUCAAGCACAUCUCAACUUGUGGAGGCUCAUCGCAAUGCCAAUAUCCACCAACUCAAUAGGCAACUCACCUGUGUGAAUGGUCAAUUGGAGAUUGAGAAGAACAGAAGCGAAGAGCUUAGCAAGAUCAGAAAAGUAGGCCAAGAUAAUCAUUGGUGGGAGGCUCCUAUAGAGAACCUAGGGUUACAAGAGCUUGAGCAGUUGAAGGUAGCUAUGGAGGUACUGAAAAAGAACAUAGGAGAGCAGGCCAAAAGGCAUCUAGCAGAAGUAGCUAACCCAAUGCCAAUUGUUCCUAUCUCUAGUUCUAUGGGAGGGAGUGGUGACUCCAGUGAAGUGAUGAAGGGUUCUGGACUUGGAUUAUCCAUGACACCUAAUGGAUUUGUACUGGGAUAUGCCCAUUUCAGUCGUUGAAUCAGGGUUCAGGCUUCCGAUUCAAGACAAUUGGAUAUCUAUUGGAAGUUAUUCAAGAAGGUUUUAUGGGCAUGGAGUGGCUGGUGUGCUUGGGAGUAAAUCGUCAUUAUUUCUAAAGGUUAUUUUGUAAUUUGUUCUUCGAACUUGGUAAGAAACUAUAAUAUGGGUAUGUUUGUGAUUGGUUUAAUUAGCUACCGAUGUGUAGCUUCUUUUGUAUUGCUAUAAUCU